CGGGCGGGCGGGCGGGCGGGAGCCGCCGCGCUCGCACCAGCUGUUUCCCGCCUUGAGCCGCAGGCAGAGGCCGCCGGAGCCGGAGCCGGAGCCGGAGCCGGGCCCGGCCGUUCCCCCCCACGCCGCCCCGGCAUGGAGUACUUCAUGGUGCCGGCCCAGAAGGUGCCCUCCCUGCAGCACUUCAGGAAAUCCGAGAAGGAGGUCAUCGGCGGGCUCUGCAGCUUGGCUAACAUCCCAUUGACUCCGGAGACGCAGCGGGACCAGGAGCGGCGGAUACGCAGGGAAAUCGCCAACAGCAACGAGAGACGGCGGAUGCAGAGCAUCAAUGCUGGCUUCCAGUCUCUGAAAACCCUCAUCCCACACACGGAUGGGGAGAAGCUCAGCAAGGCGGCCAUCCUCCAGCAGACGGCCGAGUACAUCUUCUCCCUGGAGCAGGAGAAGACUCGACUACUGCAGCAGAACACCCAGCUCAAGCGGUUCAUCCAGGAGUUCAGCGGUUCCUCCCCGAAACGGCGACGGGCAGAGGACAAAGACGAGGGCAUUGGUUCGCCGGACAUCUGGGAGGACGAGAAGGCCGAGGAUCUGCGGCGGGAGAUGAUCGAGCUCCGGCAGCAGCUGGACAAGGAGCGCUCAGUUCGCAUGAUGCUGGAGGAGCAGGUUCGCUCCCUGGAGGCCCACAUGUACCCCGAGAAGCUGAAGGUGAUCGCUCAGCAAGUGCAGCUCCAGCAGCAGCAGGAACAGGUGAGGUUGCUGCACCAGGAGAAGCUAGAGCGUGAGCAGCAGAUCCGAACCCAGCUCCUGCCAUCACAUGCUCCCCCAGCACCCACCCACCACCCCACCGUGAUCGUUCCAGCGCCGCCUCCCUCCCAUCACGUCACCGUGGUCACCAUGGGCCCGUCCUCGGUCAUCAACACAGUCUCCACGUCCCGGCAAAACCUGGACACCAUCGUUCAGGCGAUCCAGCACAUCGAGGGGACGCAGGAGAAGCAGCUGCAGGAAGAGGAGCAGAGACGCGCCGUCAUCGUGACGCCGGCGCGCGCCUGCCCCGAGCCCUCCGCCUCCGACACCGCCUCCGACACCGAGGGCAACGACAGUGACUCCAUGGACCAGAGCAAAGAAGAGCCCUCGGGGGACGGGGAACUGCCCUGACACCCCCCCGGCCGGCAGCUGGGGAGGGGAGCCGGGGCGGUGGGGGGAAACGGCAGAGAAUAUGCUGAAAUUUUUAAAAAAUACAACGCGAUUUGGGUCUCUUUUAUGACCUUUUUCCAAUACUGUAAAGCAGAGCGCUAGAAGCAGGCAAAGGUCACCCUUCAGCUCCUGGGGGGGCGGCUCGGGGACGGCCAUAGCAGGACGUGGGGGGCUCGGGGCGCAGCGGGACAGCGGCAGGGGGACAUGGGGGACGGGGUUGCAGCCCCCCACCCCGUUUUAUCGCCCCCCCCCCCCCCAUCCCCCCGACCUACGGGGAAUCCUGCCAAGCCGGCAGCGGCUCCGGUGUUCCCGAUGGCGUUCCUUUGGGAUGGGGCCUUUGGUUGGGAUCUUAAUUUGUUUUUUCCUCCUCUUUAGUGGUUGGUUGUUGGUUUGUUUGGUUUGGUUUUUUGUUUUUUUUUUUUUUUAGUUAAAUGUUCGGUUUUAAGCAGGGGGGAGAUGCCAAGUGACACGGCAGCAAACGGGGGACGGACACCCCUCGGCUUUGGGGUACAACCAGCCCCACCACGGCUCCCGCACGCCGCGUGGGGCAGGGAAAACCCUUUUGGAGAGUAAAAAAAAAAACCAAACCCCAGAUUUUGCCAUCGGAGCACAGGCAGAAGGGCCGGCACGCGCCACCCCCCGGCGUUUCCAACUCCCACCUCCUCGGCACGGGGACGGUGCUUUGGGGGGCUGAUUUUCCACCCCCGUCCCCAUCCCCGUCCCCCCCAGCCCGCUCCCAUCCCUCCUUUAAGCACUUAAUCUGGUUCGCGGGGUCCGUCAGCUCCGAAGAGCUUUUCUGUUUCGUGAUUGUGUCGCUUGGGGCUGUCGUGGCGGGUGGGGGGGGGUCCCCCCACUUUGUGUGUGUCCCCCCCCGCUCGCCCCCGCUGCUCCCCCCGCCCGGCUGUAGGGUUUUAGGCCAGUCGUGUGUAGAGCCUCGGUGGUAUUUGGUAGGUUCCCCCCCAGCCGCAGCUGUUUCUCGGUUCCUUUCCCUUUUUUUUUUUUUUUUUUUGUAUUUUUUUUACGAUUUUCAGGUCUUUGUGUUGAUUGAGAAGCUAUUCUAUUUUGUUAAGAAAGUGGAAAAAAAAAAAAGAGGCUCGUGCCUUUGUAAAGAAACAAAAUAAAGUUUGUACUUGGUUUUUUAGAA